GUUGGUCUACACAGCUCUGGCGACGUCCAAUGCGUGCACAGUGAAACCGUGCUGUUCUCAGGGGCUUCGAAGCGGUUCGGCGAGAUGCGUUCGUAUGGUACCCUAUGACGGGCCACGUCCGAGGUAAUAGGUAUGCCAGUGUUACUGUCGUUCCAUCAGGCGCAUGGCGCCAGUGGAUGCCUAUAUAGGCCUCGAGGGUUUGAACAAAUUCCUCGCCUUUCCCUCGUAACAACUGUGCCCCAGCAGCGGUCAUUGAUCUCAGUAAUCACACUAGCUCACGAUGUAUUACUGGGUGACUGUAAGCUUCAUUCUAGUCUCCAUUCCUGUGAGAAUUGUAGCCCAGGAUACCGUCAUCCACGUCGGCUCGGAUGGCCAGGGCACCGCUAAGCUUGCGUUCACCCCCUCGUCCGUCAACUUGAUCAAGGGCUCGGUUGUCACCUUCGUCUUCGACGGUGCUCCCGGCAACCACACCGUCGCCCAGUCCGCCUUCGCCAAGCCCUGCGAGCCCCUUGCUGGCGGCUUCGACACUGGCUACAUCUUCGUCCCCGCGGGCACGGAUGCUUCCUCGACGUUCCCGACGUUCAACAUCACAAUUGAGGAUGACACCAAGCCGAUUUGGUUCUACUGCGCCCAGCUGAACCCCGCUCCCCACUGCAUUGCCGAGAUGGUUGGUGCCAUCAACGCCCCCGCCACCGGGAACACGUUCUCGUCGUAUGCGGCGCUCGCCGCUGCGGCGUCCAGCGUUGCUCCGCCCGCUCCCGCGCUCUCCGGCGUGAACGCGUUCGCGACUGCUGGCCCCGGCCCCCUCACCGGCAGCUUCGUCGGCGUGGCCGUUCCCACUGGCACUCUUUCCGUGCCCGGCGGCAGCUCGGGCGCUGCUAGUUCAAGUACACCGCGUUUGACUCAAUCCUUUACCUCCAGUGCCGGAGGAAGCAGUCCAGCGAGUGGCACAUCGCCGACUGUGAGAACAGCCCGUGUCAUCGCUCAUGCACUGUAAUAGUGCCCGCGGCGGCGACUGACCAGUCCCUGGGCUCUUAUUCUAGAGUGGCCCCGGAAUCACCACCGUUCUCAGUGCAUGCCCAUCAUCUAGCACGGACAUACGAGGGCUGCUCGCAUUCUUCACUGCAGCGCUAGCUUUCGGGCUUGCCGUCAAUAUUGCGGGGAUCGUUUGGUUGUUGAGGAUCAGGCGUAGCUCGCGCAGCGGUAACACUGCUCGCAGGGCGCACAAGAUCUCGCCCUUUGUUUGAACAGGUUCUAUCUCACGAGCCUCGCGUUUCUUGUACCCUGGCAGGCCGGAGGUGCUAUGUCGAGUCUGAUCCGAAGGCGUCAAUCACACAGCGGCAACACUACUCACGGGGCGCAUAAGAUUUCGCCCUUCGUUUGAUUUUGUUGUAACUCACAAAGGCUCGGAUUUCGUGCGCUC